UUCAAGUACUAAAAACAAAGGCUGUUUCUGGUAGGUAAUAGAGAGAAUCUAAAAUGGAUAAAACCCAAAGCUCCAAAAAUUCUGUGUUUCUAGUGUUUUCUGUGAUUCUGAAUGUGUUGUUCAUCACAAAUCUGUAUGUGGGUGGCAAGUGGAAGCAGCAGCUGAGUUGGAGCCAAGGAGCUGCAGCAGAAGCUGAGGCAGUGGCAUCAGUGUCAUGCUCAGGCCAUGGAAGAGCCUACUUGGAUGGCUUGGUUGUUGAUGGAAAACCAGUUUGUGAGUGCAACACCUGCUAUGGUGGUCCUGACUGCUCUGAAUUCUCACAUGGAUGUCCUGCUGAUGCAGACAGUGGGGAUCCAUUAUUCUUGGAGCCCUUCUGGAUGCAACAUGCAGCUAGUAGUGCAAUCGUAGUAGCAGGGUGGCAUCGAAUGAGCUAUAUAUUUGGUGACAAAUCUUUCAUCUCACAAGAGCUCGAGAAGCAUAUACGCAAAGUACACGCCAUAACCAAAAAUGCAGUUACUGCUGGAAAAUACAUUGUUUUUGGUGCUGGCUCAACCCAACUCCUUAAUGCUGCAGUUCAUGCCCUUUCUUCGGAAAAUUCAUCCUCACCUGCAAGAGUUGUUGCUUCAAUCCCUUAUUACCCAGUUUAUAAAAUGCAAACAGACUUCUUCAGAUCAGUCGAUUUUGAGUUUAUUGGAGAUACAUCAUUGUGGAAGAACACCUCAGAUAACCACACAAAUGUAAUUGAAUUCGUAACUUCACCGAACAAUCCUGAUGGUCAAUUGAAGAAGGCAGUUCUUCAAGGCCCUUCUGUUAAGGCAAUUCAUGAUCAUGCUUAUUACUGGCCACAUUUUACACCAAUCCCAGCUCCAGCAGAUGAAGAUCUGAUGAUUUUUACAAUUUCUAAGCUUACCGGUCAUGCUGGCAGUAGAUUCGGGUGGGCAUUGGUAAAGGAUGAGGCUGUAUACCAAAGAAUGAUAACUUAUAUGAUCUUCUCAGAAAUGGGCAUCUCACGUGAUACUCAGUUAAGAGCUCUGAAACUUCUGAAAGUAAUUUCAUCAGGAGAUGGAAGGGAAAUAUUUGAUUUUGCAUAUGAAACAAUGAGGGACCAUUGGGAAAGAUUGGGCCAGACCUUAUCAAUGUCGAAACGUUUUUCCAUCCAAGAUCUUGCACCUCAAUACUGCAACUUUUUCGAAAAAGUCAGAAAACCUUCUCCAGCCUAUGUAUGGUUGAAAUGUGAGCGUGAAGAAGACAAAGAUUGCACUGCAGUUCUCCGAGCAGCUAACAUAAUUAGCCGCGAAGGUAGCAUGUUUACAGCAGAAAAUCGCUAUGCACGUCUCAGCCUUCUCAAGAGCAAUGACGACUUCGACUUAUUGCUGCAUUGGAUAAACAAGUUAGUCUCUGAAGAAGAUACUGGAAUUGAAACUACGUGAAGAUUAUAAUCAAUCAUCUGCUGAUCAUUACUAAGAUGGGCAUGAAGACAUUCUUUAACCAAUGUAAUAAUUGUAAACAUCCUAAGAAGGGUUAAUAUAUAUUAACCUCUCAAGUAGUAAAGAACUGUCACUGGAUUCAUUACUUGUACCUAUAAGGUCCCAUGCUUAAUUAUCCUCAGCUGUAAACAGCUUAGACAGCAUACUGCUGGAAGUUUCUGCAAAUUUGUGUAAUAUAUAUAUAUAUAUAUAUAUAUAUAUAUAUAUAUAUAUAUAUAUAUAUAUUAGCAUAGGUCAUAAAAUUGAGAAAAACCAUACUGUGGUAUAUUUGAAGGAAGAGAAUAGACCAAAUAAUCUCAUUUUAUUUAUUGUGAUCUCAGCAAUUUAUUGAGAGUUGCAUUCUCUCCAUUUGAUUAUAUAAUAUAAAGACAAGAGUAUGCACUUAUUUCUGUCAUG